CGUCGACGGCGAGGUUGGCGUUGACGGCGUGGUCGCGGCUGGCAGUGCAGACCGCCGCUCGGGCUCGCGGGACUCCGUGCAGUGCAGUGGCGGCGGCCUUCGCGGCCGAGUCGGCAAGCCAUGGGGAAGUCCUUCAAGUCCUUGUGCCUGCUGUGCUGCGGCAUGGUGCUCGUUGCAGCCAUCGAGGGCAAGGCGUCGUCCUCUAGGAAGUCCACCCCGAGGGCCAGCCCGAAGGCCGCCCCCAAGACCACAGCCAACGCGCCUCCGAGCGCGUCGCGCUCCACCUCGCUCGCCAAGUCCACCUCCGCUCCCGCAUCCGCGGGGUCCACGGCGCCAUCCUCAGCGCGUGUCUCGCCGGCCUCGUCAACAGCAGUGAAACCUGCGGAUCAAACCGCUUCGUCCGGGAGCUCGACGUCCUCGGCCUCGCAGCAGCCAACCACGCCGUCGACGAGGCCGAGCACCGCGUCGUCGGCCAGCCCGUCGCCCGACCGGAAUCAGACCGCCUUGUCCACGAACAAAUCGUCCUCGUUGUGCUGGUGGUCGCAAAGCAGGCCGACGGCCGCGCCGUGUCACUCGCACACGGCGCUUCCGUCCUCUUCCACCUCGAAGAUCAGUCCGUCGACGACCAGGUCGGCGUCCACGGCUCACUCCGCCUCCAGGACCCCGUCGUCCACGGCGCUGCCGCUCAGGCCGACCCUUGGUGUCGGAACGACUAGCCCGCCUCCGACCAUAAUGAAACGUCUGCACAUCCUCCUCUUUUCGCGUGACGGGUCCACCGUAAGGGUGUCCUUGGACAACCACACGCUGGCGGCGCUGCCGGGCUUCGACAGCGCCAAGCGCCACUCGGUCUUCAUCGUGCCGGGCUUCACGGUGCCCGCCACCGACGACAAGAUCCUGCGCGCCGUGCGAGCCUUCUUGGCGCACUGGGAGCACCUCAACGUGCUGGUGCUGGACUGGAGCGCGUUCAGCGGCCAGCCCUACUUCCGCGCCGUGUACAACCUCCCCUUGGUGUGCGACGCCGUGGCCACGUGGAUGAACCAGCAGCUGGAGGCCGGGCUGCGCGCCGACGCCGUCUGGCUGGUGGGGCAGUCCCUCGGCGCGCACCUGGCCGGCAGGGCGGCGGCCUCCAUGACGAGCAGGCCGGCGCGCAUCACGGGGCUGGACCCCGCCGGCCCGCUGUUCUGGACGGCGGGCCCCAUGACGCGCCUGUCGCGCCACCAGGCCGCCUUCGUGGACGUCAUCCACACGGACGCCGGCUGGCACGGCCUGGGCCUGCACGUCGCCGUCGGCCACCUCGACUUCUGGCCGAACUACGGUGUGGGCGUCCAGCCGGGCUGCAGCGACCUGCGCUGCAGCCACCGACGCGCCCUGGAGCUGUUCAUCGAGAGCGUGACCCACCCCGCGGCCUUCCCUGCCGUGCUCUGCGAGCGGGACGCGUUCCGGCAGGGCUCCUGCCUCAUCACGGCGUCCAGCGUGGCCUUCAUGGGCUUCGCCGCGUCACCGGCCUCGGCCGAUGGCAACUACCAGCUCCGGACGGCGGCGGCGGGGCCGUACGGUCUGGGCAACGCCGGCCUGGAGGCGAAGACCGCCAAGACGGCCGAGAGGUGCUCCCAAGAGGACCCAGAGUCGGAGUGCCGCGAGGACGAGCACCGCGACGAGCACCCGCUGGCCCUGGACCCGGUGUGGCGCUGGGAGGACGAGUACACCGAGGACUAGAUCCUGCUCGAGUCGAACUGCAGCAGGAUCAGCAAGUACGACAGCACCGUCGCACUCAUCUGCAACACGGCGGACGCUGCUGCUCGGCUUUUCGAAAUAAACCG